ACUACCACAACACUCCCUCCUCCACAACCAUGGCAAGGUGCGAAGCUGAAGCCAUUACUGGCUUCCGUCGCAACAGGUCUCAUCCUCUGGCUCCUCCCUUCGCCUUCUGGAGUACCCAGAAACGCGUGGCAGCUUCUCUCCAUUUUCAUGGCGACUAUCGUCGGCAUCAUCACGCAGCCGCUUCCGCUGGGGGCUGUUGCUAUCAUGGGUUUAUGCACCGCCGUGCUCACCAAAACGCUAACAUACGCCGCGGCAUUCUCGGCCUUUGGUGACCAGAUACCUUGGCUGGUGGCGCUGGCUUUCUUCUUCGCCAAAGGGUUCAUCAAAACCGGGUUAGGAACGAGAAUCGCGUACCACGUGGUGUCACUCGCCGGAAGCUCCUCCCUUGGAUUAGGAUACAGCUUGGUGUUGAGCGAAGCAUUGCUUGCACCAGCCAUACCUUCAGUUUCAGCAAGAGCAGGUGGGAUCAUACUCCCAUUAGUGAAGUCUCUGAGCGAAGCAUGUGGCAGCAACGUUGGCGAUGGAACCGAGAGCAAGCUAGGCUCAUGGCUCACUCUAACCUGCUUCCAAACCUCCGUGAUCUCUUCUGCCAUGUUCCUGACUGCCAUGGCCGCCAACCCUCUGUGCGGGACGCUGGCGCGUGGGGCCAUAGGGAGGGGGAUUGGAUGGAGCGAUUGGGCCGUGGCGGCGGCUGUGCCGGGUGCGGUGUCAUUGGUUGUUGUGCCGUUGAUCUUGUACGUGAUUUACCCGCCGGGCGUAAAGAAUAGCCCUGAUGCUCCAAGGGUUGCUAGGGACAAGUUGCAACUUAUGGGACCUAUGACUCUCAACGAAAACAUCAUGGCUGCUACUCUCUUCCUUACGUUCGGAGAUUCCAAUAGCUCCAACUGUGACAGACGCCAUUCACAAGGGGCAAGCCAACAAAUCUGCAUAUUCCUACCUACGCAUCCAACGCUCCAAAUUAGAUCUCUCACUCACUUCAGCGCACCAUGGCGCUGCACCUCUAUUAAGCUCUAA